GGUGGAUGUGAUGCUUGCUGGCCAAAAGGUGUCCCUCCGUGUGUUGCAGUCCUGUGGCAUCAUGCAUGCCCCCAACCAGUGACCCUCAGGCUUUUUAUGGCUGUGAGACACGUUAAAAGUUCAGGGGUAAGAAGUGACCUUUUGAGGUGACUAUACCUGAAGAUUGCUUUCCAGAAGCCAAAAAGGUUUUUGAGUCAUGAUGCAAGAAUCUGGGACUGAGACAAAAAGUAACGGUUCAGCCAUCCAGAACGGGUCGAGCGGCAGCAACCAUUUGCUCCAGUGUGCCAGUCUUCGCGAGGGGCGGUCCAACGGGGAGACGCCGGCUGCGGACGCGGGGGCCGCCGAGCUCGUGCACGUGCAGCAGCAGCAGCAGGCACUUCAAGUGGCCAGACAGCUUCUCCUUCAGCAGCAACAGCAGCAGCAAGUUAGUGGAUUAAAAUCUCCCAAGAGGAAUGACAAACAACCAGCCCUUCAGGUUCCCGUGUCAGUGGCUAUGAUGACACCUCAAGUUAUCACUCCCCAGCAAAUGCAGCAGAUCCUCCAGCAACAAGUGCUGAGCCCUCAGCAGCUCCAGGUCCUCCUCCAGCAACAGCAGGCCCUCAUGCUCCAACAGCAGCAGCUUCAAGAGUUUUAUAAAAAACAACAGGAACAGUUGCAGCUUCAACUUUUACAACAACAACAUGCUGGAAAACAGCCUAAAGAGCAGCCGCAGGUGGCCACCCAGCAGCUGGCCUUUCAGCAGCAACUCCUCCAGAUGCAGCAGCUGCAACAGCAGCACCUCCUGUCUUUACAGCGCCAAGGCCUUCUUACCAUUCAGCCAGGGCAGCCUGCCCUUCCCCUCCAGCCGCUCGCUCAAGGCAUGAUUCCAACAGAACUGCAGCAGCUCUGGAAAGAAGUGACAAGUGCUCAUUCUGCAGAAGAAACCACAGGCAGCAAUCACAGCAGUUUGGAUCUGACCACGACAUGUGUCUCCUCCUCUGCACCUUCCAAGACCUCCUUAAUAAUGAACCCACAUGCCUCUACCAAUGGACAGCUCUCAGUCCACACUCCCAAAAGGGAAAGUUUGUCCCAUGAGGAGCAUCCCCAUAGUCAUCCUCUCUAUGGACAUGGUGUAUGCAAGUGGCCAGGCUGUGAAGCAGUUUGUGAAGAUUUCCAAUCAUUCCUAAAACAUCUCAACAGCGAGCAUGCGCUGGACGAUAGAAGUACAGCUCAAUGUAGAGUACAAAUGCAGGUUGUACAGCAGUUAGAGCUACAGCUUGCAAAAGACAAAGAGCGCCUGCAAGCCAUGAUGACCCAUCUGCACGUGAAGUCUACGGAACCCAAAGCCGCCCCUCAGCCCCUGAAUCUGGUAUCAAGUGUCACACUCUCCAAGUCUGCAUCUGAGGCUUCUCCACAGAGCUUACCUCACACUCCAACGACCCCAACCGCCCCCAUCACUCCUGUCACCCAAGGCCCCUCCGUCAUCACCACCACCAGCAUGCAUACGGUGGGACCCAUCCGCAGGCGGUACUCAGACAAAUACAACGUGCCCAUUUCUUCAGAUAUUGCGCAGAACCAAGAAUUUUAUAAGAACGCAGAAGUUAGACCACCAUUUACAUAUGCAUCUUUAAUUAGGCAGGCCAUUCUCGAAUCUCCAGAAAAGCAGCUAACACUAAAUGAAAUCUAUAACUGGUUCACAAGAAUGUUUGCUUACUUUCGACGCAAUGCGGCCACAUGGAAGAAUGCAGUGCGUCAUAAUCUUAGUCUUCACAAGUGUUUUGUGCGAGUAGAAAACGUUAAAGGGGCAGUAUGGACAGUGGAUGAAGUAGAAUUCCAAAAACGAAGGCCACAAAAGAUCAGUGGUAACCCUUCCCUUAUUAAAAACAUGCAGAGCAGCCACGCCUAUUGUACACCCCUCAAUGCAGCUUUACAGGCUUCAAUGGCUGAGAAUAGUAUACCUCUAUACACUACCGCUUCCAUGGGAAAUCCCACUCUGGGCAACUUAGCCAGCGCAAUACGGGAAGAACUGAACGGGGCAAUGGAACAUACCAACAGCAACGAGAGUGACAGCAGUCCGGGCAGAUCCCCUAUGCAAGCCGUGCAUCCUGUGCACGUCAAAGAAGAACCGCUCGAUCCAGAGGAAGCUGAAGGGCCUCUGUCCUUAGUGACAACAGCCAACCACAGUCCAGAUUUUGACCACGACAGAGAUUACGAAGACGAACCAGUAAAUGAGGACAUGGAGUGAACGUCUCUGGGCGGGGGCCAGCCCAAGAACGAAGAUUGGGGGAAAAAAACAAAAAAACAAAAAACAAAAACAAAACAAACAAAAAACAAAACACGUCAAAAGUUAGCAGUGAAAUUGUUCUCCAUUUGUUGUACAGUCUGGAGAAUUUUCACUACAUUUUGACAACUCUGAAACGUGUUAACUCUUAGUGCCAUCAAGAAUCCCAUUUGGGAGUAUUUUUGAUUUUUCUACUUUUUGUUGAAAAAAGGAAUUUGUACUCUGUGCAUUGGAUGGACUUGUUUGGUACUUGGGAUUUUCCGCUCUUAACAGUCAACAUCAGUGUUGUAAAUUUGCUAAACUGAUUCACUUUUAGCAGCAGACUUUGAACUGCAGUCCUGCCGACGUCGGACACUGAGGACACCCAGCUGAGCAUGUGCACCUAAGCCGCAGACCAAGCCUCUGCCCGGAAUUUAAGGAUUCCAACGGACGACCGAUUUGCACAGUACUGCAUGUUGAUUAUCACUGCCUUUACUCUUUUUUUUUUUUUUUUGGUUCGUUUUUGUUUUCGUUUUCGUUUUCGUUUUGCUUCCAGUUGGGAUGGGGAAGGCCUUUGUGUGUGUAUUGGGGGGAGGGGGUUAAAAAGUAAUUAUCCCAAACUUUUUAAUGUAUUGCUUUUUUUUUUUUUUUUUUGCUUCUACUAUACCAUUUUAAGUUCUGACCUCAGGCCUCCAUUUGGGCCCACGGCCUCCUGGAGGCUUCAAGUUUUCUGUACCUUGUGAUGAAUGUUAAUAGGUGUUUUUAUUAUACAAAAGCUGAAUGUCAUUUCUCGUUCGUAGUUUUCUGUCACUCAUUCCAGUUUCCUUCAGACAUAACCACGUUUUCUCCAAAGUCCGAAAACAUUCCGUUUUGGUCUUUUUCAAAAAAGGUCCCAAAUGCUGCACUCUACACAUGAAGGUCCUCUCACACAGACGUGAAGUCCUGCCAGAAAGAGAAUGAAUGACAGAAAAAAAAAAAAAAAAAAAUAGAGACACCCUAGGAACAACGCAGAUUCAUUCCACGAAGCAGUAUUGGAGGCGGGAAGGGGGUUGUUUCAGGUUUGGUUUCAGUUUUUUGGUUUUUGGUGUUUUCUAUUUUGCAGCUACCAUCAUGGUUAAGCAUUGCCCCAGCACAAGGAAACCUAGGCAUCGCUCCCCCCCACCCCCUAAGAUCUCCUGCUAGACCCCCCCAGUGUGGCCGUG